GGGUUUGAUUUUUGGAACUAUUGAUUCACUUCCAACACGUACUAAAAUUAUUUGAUACUUCUCACAUACUACCUAGGUACUUGCUGAAGUCACUUUGUAUCUACUCAUUAGAUCACUCGUGCACCAAUUGACAUACUCUACCGUCUUUAAAGAGAAACAAUCAUUUCAUACACUCAUCACGAGCUUUGCUCCUCAGAUACCCCGCCAUUUCAGCAAACAGCAUAACAUCGAUUGUGAUCUUACAUAUACGUAUAGUUUCUACACAUCUAUACUCUUUCUAAGCUCUACAUUCAAGCCAUGAGUCUCAAAGGCGUGCACCUUCUCGCCGGCAAAACCGCCGCUAUAACCGGUGGAACCACAGGAAUCGGCCGCGCAAUCGCUCUCCUGUAUCUUCGUCAAGGCUGUAAUGUAGCAGUCAAUCACCUCGGUCUCGACUCCGAUAUCCCACAUCUGGAAUCGCUGCGUGCGGAAGCGAAGGCGCUGGUGCGAGAGGAUGCGAAGAUGGGGCAACUGUUAGAUGUACCGGGAGAUGUUAGUAAACCGGAGACGGGCAAGGAAUUGGUGGAGAGGGCGGUGGGGAAAUGGGGACGAUUGGAUGUUUUUGUUAGCAAUGCGGGGGUUUGUCGGUUUGCGGAGUUUUUGGAACUAGAACCCGAUCUCUUUUCCCAUACCGUCCGCACCAAUCUCGACGGUGCCUUCUACACCUCCCAAGCCGCCGCCCGUCAAAUGUCCUCCCAAUCUCCCCCGGGCGGCUCCAUCAUCGCCAUCUCCUCCAUCUCGGCCCUCGUCGGCGGCGCACAGCAAACCCACUACACACCCACCAAAGCCGGUGUUCUCUCCCUCAUGCAAAGUAUGGCGUGUGCGCUGGGCAAAUACGGUAUUAGAUGUAAUGCGCUCUUGCCCGGCACAAUCAGGACGCAAUUGAAUGAGGAGGAUUUGAAGGAUGAGGAGAAGAGGUCGUACAUGGAAGGACGGAUUCCGUUGGGCAGAACGGGGGUUCCGCGGGAUUUGGCGGGCCCGGCGGUUUUUUUGGCGAGUGAGGAGUUGAGUGGGUAUGUGAAUGGGAGUGGACUUUUGGUGGAUGGGGGUUUGUUUGUUAAUUUGCAGUGAGGGGGUGGUUGGUUGGUUGGUUGGCUGGUGUGUUGGGGAGGUGUGUUGAGUGGGGUGUGGUGAGGGGGAAAUUUGUACAUAGAUAGAUGGAUUUGAUAUUCGGGCUUGGAAUCGUAUCGAUUUCUAGAGAGAUCGAAAAAUUCUUGUAUUUCACAAUAUUGGGUAUCGUAUGCAUUUCUGGGUGCAGAGGUGAAAGAUUUGACUGGCAUCUAUCUGUAUAUGCGGAGUUCAUGACCACUUAUCUUCAUGAAUCAGAACCAGUAUGAUGAUGAUAUCUUUCGAGUCACAAGUGUAAAUCUCAUAUUCUCUAUCAUAUUCUCUAUCUUCCAGCA